CUGAGUCUUCUUCAAAUACCAUAUACAAGGAACGCCUCCCAAGCUUUCUCUUGAUAAAUUCAUUUCCAAGUCCUAUCACCAUUUCUGUUAUAGACUACGUCCAGCUCAAAGUUACAAUGCGUGCUCAGUACCUCAUUCUUGCCGCCAUUGGCCUCGCGGCUGCCGCCCCUCUCGACGUUAGAGGAGCAGAUGCCGAAGCCGAAGCCAUUCCCUUCUACCCAAAGAGGGGAGCUGAUGCAGACGCAGAGGCGAUUCCCUUCUACCCCAAGCGCGGAGCCGACGCCGAAGCUGAGGCCAUCCCCUUUUACCCGAAGCGAGGAGCAGAUGCGGAGGCUGAAGCCAUCCCAUUCUAUCCCAAAAGAGGUGCAGACGCGGAAGCUGAGGCCAUUCCCUUCUACCCCAAACGCGGUGCUGAUGCGGAAGCCGAAGCCAUCCCUUUCUACCCCAAGAGAGGUGCUGACGCCGAAGCUGAAGCCAUUCCGUUCUAUCCUAAGAGGGGCGCGGAGGCUGAGGCCGAGGCCAUCCCCUUCUACCCGAAGCGCUCUGCCGAUGCGGAAGCUGAGGCAAUUCCCUUCUAUCCUUAAGUAGGGGGUUUAAAUGGCGUGCUCUAGAAGCCGUAUCACUCGAGAUGCAGAUCUGGAACACGGAGGAUAUGUGGGAGGUCUUGAUUCAGGAACCUUCACUUAUCAUGGCUUCAACCUCAAGGGGCUGAGUGGACUUGUAGAGCAAGAACCUGGAGCUGAGAGGGUUAAGCUAGAUUGAUAGAAUACGCUCAUUACCGCUUAGUCGCAACUAAGAUAUUCAAUUGGUGACUGCAUCUCAGGAAGUGAUGUAUCUAGCCCAAAUCAUUUUCCUAUCUGGUGCAUGUUCGCUC